AUGGCGACGCUCUCAGCGACCGAAGCAAAGGGCAAGCGCACACCAAUUAAGGCUAUGGCCACGCGUAUUAGGCAUUUUAUAGAACAGGCGGAUUCCGCGCAAUUGUCGCGUUUCGAUUUAUCCGAAAGAAAGAAAAAGCUAUCUGAGCUAUGGGAUCAUUGCCUGUGUCCAGCAGAACUAACUUCGGCAGAACACAGCCAAUACGUUGAGGUCCAAUCGCGAAUUGAAAUGCUGGAUCUCGCCAACCCCGGCGACCGAACCGAGGACGUUUCAACUAAGCUACACGCGGACGAACGCGCUAGCUUCGAGAUACCAUACUUCAAUCUCAUGUCACGCUUUGAAUCGAUUUCGCAUGAAAUCGAACGUCGCGAAGCACAGGCAAACUCUAGGCCUCAGAACUCCUCCACACAGCCUCGUAACAAUCCCGCGUCGACUCAACUUCGCCUACCUAAAAUUGAAUUGCCAUCUUUUUCAGGAGAAUACGAAGAUUGGUACUCCUUUCAUGACACAUUUGAGAAGCUUAUUAAUGCGAACCCUGAUUUGCCGGCAAUCCAGAAAUUCCAUUAUCUAAAAUCCGCGGUGCACGGUCCGGCCGCAGAGCUCUUAAAGUCUUUUGAAAUCACGACGGAACACUACGAUGAAGCGUGGGAGCUACUUGUAGAACGGUACGACCGUCGUCAUGUUGUUUACAGUCACAUAAAAUCGUUAUUCGAAUUGCCAGUCAUGUCGAAGGAAAAUCAUACGCAACUGCGCGUAUUGCUCGACGGAAUUGGUAAACAUUUGCGCGCCCUCAAGGCAAUGGACAGACCGGUUGAAACAUGGGACGAUCUUAUUAUUCAUUUGAUCCAAUCUAAAUUAGACAUUGUAACAAAAAGGGAAUGGGAAACGAGUCGCUCGGGCUCUACAAUUCCUACUCUUAAGGAACUUAAAGAAUUUCUCUUGCAGAGAUGUUUAGCGUUGGAGUCGAUCACAAGCAAGUCCGAUAACACGUCUCAAAGGUCAAAACGAGCGGUGACGAACGCGGUCACUGCGAAUCUAUGUUGUGAACACUGCAAGGGAGAACAUCUUUUGUAUCAUUGUGAAUCGUUCAAAAAAUUACCCGUAGAAAAACGCUUCAAAAUCGUGAAGGGUUCGCACUUAUGUAUCAACUGUUUAAGGUCUCGCAAGCACCAAGCAAAGAAUUGCCCGUCGUCGUCCUGUCGCAAAUGCCAAGGGGCACACAAUACGCUAUUGCACUAUGAGUCGAAUGCCGAGCAGAAGACCACUUCUCAAGGGGCGUCCACCGAAGCAAAGGAGCCUUCCUCCGCGCCGGUGGUCACGCAAUGUUUGCAACAAAAUCCGUCCAGGGUACUGUUGUCUACGGCAGUGAUUCACGUACGUGAUUCAAAGGGUAAAUCUCACGCAUGUCGAGCGCUAUUGGAUAGUGGCUCGCAGUUAAAUUUCGUAACCGAAGAUUUCGCGAAUAAAUUGCACUUGAACAAACGUUCCAUAAAUAUGCCGAUUUCGGGCAUUGCAGAAGGUAGCUUCGAAGCAAGAAACUCGGUUGACAUACACGUACAGUCUCGAAUUAACACGUUUCGGGCACGAUUGAAUUGUAUUGUUUUACCAAAAAUAACGCAAAAAUUGCUACGCGAAUUUAUUCAUCGUUCUCACGUAAAAAUCCCGUCCAAUAUCCGAUUAGCGGAUCCGAACUUUAAUGUUCCUAGUGACAUAGAUUUGUUGAUAGGGGCGGAGGUGUUUUGGCAACUCCUUUGUAUAGGUCAAGUUAAGGGGAAUGGGAGUCACCCUACUUUCCAGAAAACAAAGCUUGAGAAUGACAUUCGCAGCGAUGCCAACGCGUUUUCGUCUGAAGAGGUCGCAUGCGAAACGCUCUUUCAACAGAGCACCUCGCGCAAUGAGGAAGGUCGGUUCAUCAUCAAACUUCCUGUGAAGGACGACGUGCUCUCGCAAUUAGGUGAGUCCAAGCAAAUUGCUGAACGUCGAUUCUUCGCCUUGGAAAAACGAUUAUCGAAACAGCCCGAGGUUUACAAAGAAUAUCGCGAUUUCAUGCGCGAGUAUCACGAACUCGGUCAUAUGUAUCAGGUACAUGAAACACCAGAUUCCAACAAUCGCAUUCACUAUUAUUUACCACACCACGCGGUCUUCAAACACACGAGCACUACUACCAAGCUGCGUGUGGUGUUUGAUGCUUCAUGCAAAACUGAGUCUGGAAGGUCAUUAAACGACGCAUUACUCGUUGGGCCUAUUAUUCAACAGGAUUUAUUUUCAAUCCUGCGCAUUCUUUGGCGGGACACUCCGCAACAUGAGCUGCAGAUUUUCGAACUGGCUACUGUAACAUACGGAACCGCGUCGGCGUCUUUCCUAGCAAUACGCUCCUUGCAAAAAUUGGCGCAGGACGGAACAAAUUCGUACCCGUUAGGUUCACAGAUCGUUUUGAGAGAUUUUUAUGUCGAUGACAUGUUGACCUGUGCUUCUACUAUUGAGGAGGCGUUAGACAUAAAGAAUCAAGUAACUACGUUGCUUGAGGGCGGUGGUUUUGAGCUGAGAAAAUGGUUCUCGAAUAGCCCUUUAGUAUGCAACGAUGAGAAUUCUUCGGGUAACAAGGAAAUAGCUUCGGGGUCUGAGCAUGACAGAACUCGCACUCUCGGAGUAUCUUGGAAUUGUCAACAAGACAUCUUUUAUUUCGCGAACGUUGAAUAUCGACCCCCCUCAAGACUGACUAAACGCAAUAUUCUAUCAAGGAUCGCUCUGAUAUUUGACCCGUUGGGAUUGUUAGGGUCCACCAUUGUGAUCGAAAAGCUUGUUAUGCAAGAAUUAUGGAUGCUAAGGGUAGACUGGGACGAAUCAAUUUUCAUGGAACUUGGCACUAAGUGGCAGAAUUAUGAAAAACAAUUGAAUGCCCGAAUAACCUCGCAAUACCUCGCAAGAUUGUUGUCGAUAGGGCCGGACUCAUUGAGCUGCAUGGUUUCGCAGAUGCCAGUCAACAGGCAUACGGGGCGUGUAUAUUUGCGUUCGUCAAUGAACAAUGGUGAAUUCACGGUUCGUUUAAUAGCGUCGAAAUCUCGUGUAGCUCCGGUCAAGGGUCUUUCGAUACUGAACCACUCUCCACAGGCGCAAGAUUUGCUCCAACAAAGCGUGGUGGAGAGUGGUUUCACGCUGGCGAUCGUGUCCGAGCCCCACCGCCCCCGAGAGACAGCCCAUAUUGGGCUGUCGAUAACGGACGGGCGGGGGACUCGGUCGCGAUUCGGUAGCGGUCGGUGCCGGGUGGUCCCGACACGGCCGCCAUCGAAAAAGGGGAACGGCAUGUGGCCGUUCAAUGGGGGCCCAUCGCGGUCGUUGGGGUCUACUUGA